CAUGGUGCGCGGUGCGGGCGCUACCUUGGGAGCUUAAAAGUGCGGAUAAAUCCGACUGACAAUGUUUUUUUGCCGAUACCACCUAUGCCGCGAUUUUUUUGUCGAGUUUUUCGUGCAGCCACGUCGAGAUAAGAUAAGCCCUAUGUCCGUAUCAGUCUCGCUCGCGCCUUGCGCUUGAUACGUGGGCAAUAAACAAAACCGCGAAAAUUAAGUGUUGUUUUUUUGGAUCCGCGGACGCAAAAGACACGGCAAUUUCGAAAUGACAACUGCGGAAUUGUUCACGAAGGGAACGAGGGUAUGGGUGCCGCACCCCGAACACGUCUGGCAAGGGGCGAAGCUUCUGGAAAAUUACGACGCAACCAAAAAAUCAUUGCUAGUGGAAAUCGAUGAGGAUGGGCAGAAGAAAACGUUGCAAUUAAAAUCGGAACAGGAUUUACCGUUUUUAAGGAACCCUGACAUACUUAUUGGAGAAAACGAUCUCACUGCUUUGUCAUACCUCCACGAACCCGGCGUCCUCCAUAACCUCCAGGUUCGGUUUUGUCAAAAUAAGUACAUUUACACGUAUUGCGGGAUCGUAUUGGUUGCAAUCAAUCCUUAUGAUGAUCUCCCCAUAUAUGAUGAAGAUACGAUCCAGACUUACAGAGGGCAGGCGAUGGGUGACUUGGAUCCGCACAUUUUCGCAGUGGCGGAGGAAGUCUAUACGCAAUUGGAGAGAGAACAAAAAGACCAAAGUAUUAUAGUGUCUGGUGAGAGCGGUGCAGGUAAAACUGUUUCGGCCAAAUAUGCCAUGAGGUAUUUCGCUGCGGUGGGGGGUAACGCGACUGAGACGCAAGUCGAGAGAAAAGUACUGGCCAGUAGCCCGAUCAUGGAGGCAAUUGGAAACGCGAAAACCACUCGGAACGAUAACAGCUCGAGAUUUGGGAAAUUUAUCGAGUUGCAGUUCAACAAGCAAUUUAAUAUCAGCGGCGCGUCUAUGAGGACCUAUCUUUUGGAAAAGUCGAGGGUGGUUUUUCAGGCCCCGGAGGAAAGAAACUACCACAUCUUCUACCAGUUAUGCGCUGCUAGACAAAAAUUUCCACAUUUUCAACUAGGUCAUCCGGAUGAAUUUUUCUACCUUAACCAAGGCUCGAGCCCUACUGUACCGGGCGUACACGAUUUAACCCAAUUCGAAGAAACAGUCCAAGCGCUAGCCACGCUCGGCUUUUCCGAAACCGACCAGGAAAACGUUUUCAAAAUCCUCGCUGGCGUGCUACACCUGGGCAACAUACAAUUUAAAGAUUGCGUCGUCAAAAUAGAAAAUGAACAAGGUCAAGAGGGAUGUAUGAUACCGAAAUCCGAUAGACAUUUGAAAAUAUUCUCCGACCUUCUCGAGGUCGAUGAAGACGAAGUUAAGCAAUGGUUGGUGACCAGAAAACUGGUGUCCAUGCGAGACGUCUACCUCAAACCUAUGACCAGUGAAGAAGCUGCGUUCUCGAGGGACGCUCUGGCGAAACACAUCUACGCGGAGCUUUUCAACUGGAUAGUGUUGAUGAUCAACAAAGAACUCGAAUCGAACGCUCCCCGAUAUAAAUUUAUCGGCGUUUUAGACAUUUACGGUUUCGAAACGUUCGAGACUAACUCGUUCGAGCAAUUCUGUAUCAACUACGCAAACGAAAAAUUGCAGCAACAGUUCAAUCAACACGUGUUCAAACUCGAGCAGGCAGAAUACAUCAGGGAGGGUAUCGAGUGGAAGAUGAUCGACUUUUACGAUAACCAGCCGUGUAUUGACUUGAUCGAGGCCAAAUUGGGCGUUUUGGAUCUGCUCGAUGAAGAGUGCAAGAUGCCGAGGGGGACGGACGCAUCCUGGACCGAAAAACUUUACUCAAAAUGCGCGAAAUACUCUCACUUCGCCAAAACGCGUUUCGGAACCUCCGGCUUCACCAUCAACCACUUCGCCGACCGGGUGGAAUACGAAAGCUCCGGUUUCCUCGAAAAAAACCGCGACACAGUCAUCGAGGAGCAAAUCAAUGCGGUCAAGGCGAGCAGGAACAAACUGCUGAGACGUUUGUUCGGCAGCGACGCCCACAAAUUGCAAAUACCUAACGCCAAACUCAAGAUAGUCUCUUCGAAAGCCGAAUCGGGAGCGAAGAAAACCCACAAAAAAUCGGUGGGAUCGCAGUUCAGGGAAUCGCUCAAUCUUCUAAUGACUACCUUGAGCGCGACCACGCCCCAUUACGUGCGUUGCAUCAAACCGAACGACACUAAAGGUGCGUUUAACUUUAACGCGAAACGAGCGGUGCAGCAGCUGCGCGCCUGCGGGGUCCUCGAAACGGUGAGGAUCUCGGCCGCAGGAUUUCCGAGCCGGUGGAGCUACCUGGAGUUCUUUUAUCGGUACCGCGUGCUCAUCAAAUUCAAGGACAUCGACAGGAGUAAAAUGGCAAAAACCUGCGAGAUUAUCCUGACGCAGUACAUCAAGAACUCGGACAUGUAUCAGUUCGGAAAGACGAAGAUAUUUUUCCGGGCGGGUCAAGUGGCUUAUCUAGAGAAACUCCGUGCGGAACGGUUGAGGACGUGUUGCGUCAUCAUGCAGAAAACAGUCAGGGCGUUCCUGUGUCGCAGGAAGUAUCUCAAGAUCCGGAAAUCGGCGUUGCUUUGUCAGAAGUACGCCAGAGGGCUGCUGGCGAGGAGGAAAGCAAAUCAGAUCAGAAGGCAGAGGGCGGCGCUUACCAUACAGAGGUAUACUCGCGGUUGGUUGCAGAAGAGAAAGUAUGACUCACUGCGCAGAUGCGUUCUCGUUAUACAAGCCCACGCUAGAGGUUACCUGGCGAGACUUAGGUUUAUGGAUUUGAAAUAUAACGCCAUGGCAACAAUUAUACAAAAACACGUGCGCGGCUGGUUGGCAAGGAAAGAAUACCAGAGACGGAAGCGGCAGAUCGUCGUUUGUCAAGCGGCGAUUAGAAGGUACCUCGCCAAACGUCAAUACAAGAAGUUGAGGAUCGAGGCCCGAUCCAUCGAGCAUGUCAAGUCGCUCAACAAAGGACUCGAGAACAAAAUCAUCAGUCUGCAGCAGAAAUUCGACGAAGUCAACAAAACAAAUAACGAACUGCUUGGUUUCAAAAACGAAGUCAUCGAAUUAAAGAGUAAAAUGGUGACGUUCAGGGCGUUGGAAAUCGAAAUUAAAAACUUGAACGCUCUGGUGAUCGAGAAGAACAAGAAGAUUACGAAAUUAGAGGAAGAUUUGAAGAUCGAGAGGGAGGAAAAAGUGGACCUGAUCAACGAGCACGAAAGGUAUAGGAAAGAGGCGGAGACGCAACGGGAAUACUGGGCUCAGGAAACGGCCAAGUUACGAGCCGAAAUCGAAACAAUCAACGAAAUAGUGAAAACGAACGAGAAGGGCGUCGAGGAAAACCUCAAGUUACGCAUGGAGGAAGAGAAAAAUCUUCUGUUGAACGAGUCGGACAAAGACAGACAGGCGUACCAGAAACUAUUGCAGGAAUACAAUCGGCUCGAGCAGCACUGCGAGGAGAUGGAAAAGCAGUUGAAUCGGCAGGGACACCACAGACGGAACGUGAGCGAUAUCAGUACGAUUUCCACUCUAGACUUGAGCGAGUUGCCCGAGGAUCACGGUUACGGAUCGGUGAGAUCUACCACCAGCACCAGAGAAAAACUUGAAAAUAUCGAUUGGAAAACGGAUGGCGCUAGCGAAAGUCAAACUCCAAGUUCUUCCGACGUAACCUCGAAAUCCGAAUCGGAUAACCACGUGGACGUCGGUCUAGUGCUGAAGCUGCAACACAGGCUGGCCGACGUCGAACGGGAAAAGGCGAGACUGGAAAAAAGACUGGACGAGCUGUAUAUGUCGCCACGUAUCGAAAGGGCCGAAAACGCGGCCAGGGACGCGAUAAAAAUAUCGGAAAUGGAACUGCGCAAUUCCAAUUUGAAGACCCAACUGCUGGAAUUGCAAAAUAGCAUUAACGAGGGUACCGGGGUCGCCAUGUUACGCGAACACCUUCGUCAGAUGCAGACCGAGCUGGAUCGUAGAAGCGAGGAGGUUGUGCAACUGAAGAGCGUGCUCGCCAAUCAGACCGAUAACAUGAAAACGAUCGUCAACUCCAACAAUCGAAUGGGUGCCUACAUAAACGAAGAUGGCGAACUAGCUCUCGCGUACGAAACCCAGAAAACCAUCAACAAUCAACUGGAACUGGAGCUGCAAGACGAGAAGGCCAAAUUCAAGGCGCACGAACGAGAGUACAAACUCGAAAUCGAGAAACUUCGAGAAGACAACGAACGGCAACAACGUUUAUUAUCCUCGAACCUGACUUCGACUCCGCAGACCCAAGGCGAAGCCUUCUUGCAGCACGAGGUGACGAGACUGACGAACGAGAACUUGGCGUUGCUCGACCAGAACGAUUCGUUGAACGAAACCGUCAGAAAGUUGAAGAAGCACGUCAAAGUGCUUACGAAGAAGCUGAAGGAGUCGUGUUUCGAUUUGGACGAACCGCUAUUGGCUGCGGGUUCUAAAAAACAGCUUCCCGUGCCGCCGACAAGAUCCCAGCCGACCAUCAGAAAGAAAGACAGGCAAUACUUGGGGAUGUUCGCCUAUAAGAGCGGGCACGAGAAUUUGAUCAUGAAGCACUUGGUUAUAGAUCUAAAACCAAGGACUGCGGUAACUCUGUUGCCCGGUCUUCCAGCUUAUAUAAUGUUUAUGUGUAUCCGACAUACCGAUUACAAAAACGACGAGGACAAGUUGAAGGCUCUAUUUUUGGCUUUCACGAAAGCCGUAAAGAAGGUCGUUAAAAAGAAUCACGGCGACUUCGAGGUUGCCAGCCUGUGGCUCUCGAACACUUCAAGAUUGGUUCACUGCAUGAAGCAGUACAGUGGCGAGAAGCCGUUUCAGAUGCAGAACACGCCCAGCCAGAACGAGCAAUGUCUUAAAAAUUUCGAUUUGUCGGAAUAUAGGGUCCUCAUUUCCGAUAUUGCCGUGGGCAUAUACCAAGACUUAAUAAAAACGUUCGAAGGACAAAUCCAACCGUUGGUGGUUCCUGCAAUUCUUGAACACGAAGAGGUGCCUGGUAUAAGCGGAAAACCGAACAGCUCUCGCAGCAGGGUCGGAAGCGUAUCCAGUCCGGUCUCCGGUGUCCCUAAUCAAGAACCCAUCAAGGCGCUCAUCCAGGAACUGACUAAUCACCACAAGAUGCUGGUGUUUUACGGUGUAGAUCAGCAUAUUAUUUCGAGAAUUUUCAAGCAAAUCUUCUAUUUCAUUUGCGCUUCGAGCCUGAACAACCUAUUGUUGCGCAAGGAGCUCUGCCAUUGGUCGAAAGGGUUUCAAAUCCGCCAUAAUCUGUCUCAUUUCGAGAUGUGGACUCGCGACAGAAACUUGGAGGAGGGUCCGAUACAAGCGAUGCUGCAGCCUAUCAUACAGGCCGCCCAAUUGCUUCAGGCCAGAAAAACCGAAGAGGACGUCGAUAAAGUGUGCGAGAUGUGCAGCGAGCUGACGCCCUCGCAGAUUUGCAAAAUACUCAAUUUGUAUACUCCCGUCGACGAGUUCGAGCAACGCGUGCCGUUUUCGUUUAUCAGGAAAGUGCAAGAGAAGCUGCAGGAACGGCCGGAAGCAGAAAAACAACAGGCACUCCUGGAGAACGUGAAGCACCUUUUCCCGAUAGAGUUUAAAUACAACCCGUCGGCAAUAUGCCUGGAAGACAUUGAUGUACCUGAAGUGUUAAAUCUGCCACUGCUGGAAAAGGUCUAAGGGACUCGCACAUCACAAAAUGACUUUUCUUCUUUGAUAAUUUCGUACACGUCUAAGGCAAGUAAUCUCCAAUUUAUUAUGAAGGACUCCCAAGCCUUCGAUGCUUAUUGAUAGACCAUUGCCUGUUAAGCCACUAUAUAGAGUGUACGGGUUAAACUGCAUUAUUUUUUAUCUUCAUAUAAGUGCUCAGUUAAAUUAGACAAGGCAGUUAAUUCCAGAGUUUCACAUAACAAAUGUGGAGGCGCAUAGCGUUCAACGAUAUUAAAAUUUAUCGUAACAAUUACGAAAGCCUCCUCCAUUGAAAUAAUUUUCAAGGUUCCUUCGACAUUCUCCUUGUUUAAAAGUACAUGAAUAUUUUUGUAUUUAUUCUCGUUUUUUUUUUCUGUAAAUAAAAUCCUAUAAAGUUGUUAUUAUUGUAUGUAUUUUAUAGAUUGUAAAUUAUUUAUUACUGUUGGAUAUAAAAGUGAAUGCACAUAGCUAUAUAGAAAACGUGUCCUAGUGUAUUACA